GGAAAAGCAAUUCCUACAUUUGGGCUUCCAUGAUAACUGAGGAUUUUCAUAAUGAGGUUGUUAGCGAGUCGGGAUUGGAUUCUCAGAAAGCAUCAAAUGGGGUCGAAGACCUGGACGAUGAUGGGAGGCCCAGAAGAAAUGGUACCUUAUGGACGGCCAGUGCACAUAUACUAACAUCGGUUAUAGGUUCGGGUGUUCUAGCUAUACCCUGGACUGUAAGGCAGCUCGGAUGGAUAGCUGGACCAGCGGCUCUGAUGAUCUUCUCCUUCAUAACCUUGUACACCUCCAUUCUCUUAACAGAUUGCUACAGAUUCCCUGAUCCUGUUUAUGGGAAAAGAAACUACACCUACAGAGAGGCCGUCCGAGCCAACUUAGGCAGAACGAUGUUCUUGGUUUGUGGAAUCGUUCAAUAUAUCACCUUUGUUGGGCUUGCAGUUGGCUUUACAAUUACAGCAUCAAAAAGCAUGGGGGCCAUAUACAGGACGAAUUGCUAUCACAAAAGAGGUCAUGAAGCCCCAUGUGAGAUCUCUGAUAACUUCUUCGCUAUCAGUUUUGGGAUUAUUGAGAUCGUCUUGUCUCAGAUUCCGAAUUUCCACAAAUUGUCAUGGCUCUCAAGUAUUGCAGCAGUGACUCCUUUUAUCUACACACUAGUAGGAGUGGUGCUUAGCUUGGCAAAGAUUGUCUCAGGAAAAACAGGGAAGACCUCUCUGAAGGGAGUGGUGGAUGAUAUGAAUUUGUCUGAUGCUCAGAAGGUGUGGAGAGUAUUCAAUGCACUUGGAGACAUUGCAUUUGCUUACUCAUUUUCUUUCAUUCUGAUUGAAAUCCAGGACACAAUAAAAUCUCCAGGGGAAAACAAAUUGAUGAAGAAGGCCACUUGUAUAGGUGUGUCAACAACCACUCUGUUUUACAUGCUUUGUGGAUGCAUUGGCUAUGCUGCAUUUGGGAACCAAGCUCCAGGCAACAUGCUUACUGACUUUGGGUUUUACGAACCCUUCUGGUUGAUUGACAUUGCCAAUCUCUGCAUUAUGUUGCACAUUGUGGGUGCAUAUCAGGUGUUCAGCCAACUGCUGUAUGCUGUAUUUGAAUCAUGGAUUACUAAAAGGUGUCCCAAGUCAAAGUUCAUAACAAGAGAGUUCCCAAUAAGCAUUACUAGCAAAUGUUUCAGCUUCAAUUACAAUUUCAACGUCUUCAGACUGACCUGCAGGACUGCUUUUGUGGUGUUCGCUACUGUAAUGGCAAUGGUGAUUCCUUUCUUCAAUAGCAUACUUGCAUUCCUUGGAGCUAUUGCCUACUGGCCGAUGACAAUUUAUUUCCCCGUGGAGAUGUACAUCUCACAGAAGAAGAUCAGAAGAUUUAAAUUUCAAUGGAUGGUCCUCCAACUAAUCAAUGUAGGCUGCUUGCUUGUCUCCUUGGCUGCAAUCUGUGGAUCCAUCCAAAGUUUAAUUGGGGCCCUAGGUGCAGAUAACAUCUUCAAGUUCAAACAAUGACAACCACCACUACAAAAAAUGAUGCAUUAGUUGU